GAGAGAGAGAGAGAGAGAGAGAGAGAUGUUCAGGACGGAUGUUUCCUCGGUGUGCAGCAGAGGCACCGCCGUGCGUCUUUACGCACAGAGACCACCCAGUCCUCAUCCCACCGCUUCUCUCUUCCUCUUGUCUUAUGUCCCAGCCUCACCUGCUAAACCACGGCGGAGGACAGCGGAGCUCCUCAGCGGGCGCCUUGCUGACUGACACGCGAAGGGACGAACAUCAGAACGUUCCCACCAUGACGGAUCUCCGGGCGGAGUAACUCACCGCAGCUACCCAGGAGCAGACCGCAGGAGAGGGCAGAGAUCACUACCAUGACCCGAUAAAAGUCUCCGCUUCCUUCGGAGAGAGGACAGUCCACCUCCUGAGAGUAAAGGAGACGCGCAGCGAGGCCUUUUGAUUUGGUUGUUUCGGUUCUCAGAUGGCCCGAGUGCCCUUGGCACUGGCUGCUAAGAUGCGCUGGAUCACGCUGGUGCUCGCGGGCUUGACUUUCUGGGGCAAAGUUACAAUUUCUAACUGCUUCGACUACGAGGAGCCAGACUUUGAUUAUUAUGAGGAGGAGAGAGUGGAGACGAUUGACUACAAGGAUCCGUGCAAAGCUGGUGGUAUGGGAGAACAUGAAACAGUGAAGAGAGGAUCGUUGGACCUUCUGCUAGAAAGAAUACGCAGAUUUGGUUUUGACCUUGUCCCCAAAAAUGAAAGCAAAGGAGCGACCACUUCAAAGAGCCAAACUGGGAAAGCUGGUAAGGCCAUGAAGAGUCGUGUUCCUCGAGCAGCUACAUCCCGCUUUGAACGAAUCUGGCCCGGGGGAGUCAUUCCCUACGUCAUYGGAGGAAACUUCACUGGUAGUCAGAGGGCCAUGUUCAAACAGGCCAUGCGUCACUGGGAGAAACAAACAUGYGUAACUUUCAUCGAAAAGACGGACGAAGAAAGCUACAUUGUCUUCACCUACAGGCCCUGCGGGUGCUGUUCGUAUGUGGGGCGUCGUGGCAAUGGACCUCAGGCUAUCUCCAUAGGAAAGAACUGUGACAAGUUUGGCAUCGUGGUUCAUGAACUGGGCCACGUCAUUGGCUUCUGGCACGAACACACACGGCCUGACCGUGAYGAUCAUGUCACCAUAAUCCGGGAUAACAUCCAGCCAGGUCAGGAAUACAACUUCCUGAAGAUGGAGCCAGGAGAAGUGAACUCCCUCGGGGAGCCGUAUGAUUUUGACAGCAUUAUGCACUACGCCAGGAACACCUUCUCACGUGGGAUGUUCCUCGAUACCAUCCUUCCAUCCAGAGAUGAGAAUGGRGUCAGGCCUGCCAUUGGCCAGCGGACCAGACUCAGCAAAGGAGACAUUGCACAGGCAAGGAAGCUCUAUAGAUGUCCAGCRUGCGGAGAAACCCUCCAAGAGUCAACUGGCAACUUCUCAUCUCCUGGUUACCCAAAUGGAUACCCUUCAUACACACACUGUGUCUGGAGAAUAUCUGUUACACCUGGAGAGAAGGCAGGUUUUGUGGAGACAAAAUUCCUGACAACUUGAUUUCAACCGAUAGCAGAAUGUGGAUCGAGUUCCGCAGCAGCAGCAACUGGGUGGGAAAAGGCUUCGCUGCUGUUUAUGAAGCGAUCUGUGGAGGGGAAAUUACCAAGGACUCGGGACAGAUUCAGUCUCCCAACUACCCGGACGACUACAGACCUACCAAAGAGUGUGUGUGGAGGAUCACUGUGUCUGAGGGAUACAAUGUUGGACUCAGCUUCCAGGCCUUUGAGAUUGAGAGACAUGACAGCUGCGCCUACGACUACCUGGAGGUCCGUGACGGCCCGCUUGAAACAAGCCCUCURAUUGGUCGGUUCUGUGGUUAUGACAAACCUGAAGACGUGCGCUCAACGUCACACACGCUGUGGAUGAAGUUUGUCUCCGAUGGGACGGUGAACAAGGCUGGUUUCGCUGCAAACUUUUUCAAAGAGGAAGAUGAGUGUGCCAAACCAGACAAUGGUGGAUGUGAGCAGAGGUGUGUGAACACUUUGGGCAGCUUCAAGUGUGCCUGUGACCCGGGUUACGAACUGGCCCCYGACAAGAAGAGCUGCGAAGCGGCUUGUGGCGGUCUCCUGUCCAAGUUAAAUGGAACUAUAAGCACUCCCGGCUGGCCUAAAGAAUAUCCACCCAACAAGAACUGUGUUUGGCAGGUGGUGGCUCCCAAUCAGUACCGCAUCUCCAUGCAGUUUGAGGCUUUUGAGCUGGAGGGCAACGAGGUUUGUAAAUACGAUUACGUCGAGGUGCGGAGCGGCCUCUCGUCUGACUCUAAGCUGCACGGGAAAUACUGCGGCUCUGAAGUCCCCGAGGUCAUCACCUCUCAGUACAACAACAUGAGGAUCGAGUUCAAGUCAGACAACACAGUUUCCAAGAAAGGCUUCAAAGCUCACUUCUUCUCAGACAAAGAUGAGUGCAGCAAGGACAACGGCGGCUGCCAGCACGAGUGUAUCAACACGGUGGGCUCUUACGUUUGUCAGUGUCGCCAUGGCUUUGUGCUGCAUGAGAACAAACAUGACUGUAAGGAAGCUGAAUGUGAGCAUAAGAUCCACAGCCCCAGUGGGACCUUGAGCAGCCCCAACUGGCCUGACAAGUAUCCCAGCCGGAAGGAGUGCACCUGGGACAUCACUGCCGUGCCGGGACACAGGGUUAAGAUUGCCUUCAACGAGUUUGAGAUCGAGCAGCAUCAGGAGUGUGCGUACGACCACCUGGAGGCCUUCGACGGGGACAGCGACACAGCAGCCAUCUUGAGCCGACUGUGCGGCAGUAAGAUCCCAGAGCCUCUGGUCUCCACGGGGAACAAGAUGUACCUCCGCUUCAUUUCUGACGCCUCCGUACAACGAAAGGGUUUCCAAGCUUCGCAUUCCACAGAGUGUGGAGGUCGUCUGAAAGCAGAAGCCCGUCAGAAAAACCUUUACUCCCAUGCCCAGUUUGGAGAUAAUAAUUACCCGGGUCACACGGACUGCGAGUGGCUGCUGACCACUGAACAGGGCUAUGGCAUUGAGCUCAGCUUCGUAACGUUUGAGGUGGAGGAAGAAGCCGACUGCGGUUAUGACUACAUCGAGCUGUAUAAUGGAUACGACGCAAACUCACACCGGCUGGGUCGCUUCUGUGGCUCUGGGCCCAGAGAGGGGAUUUAUUCGCCAAGAGACACUCUGCUGAUCCGGUUCCACAGCGACGACACCAUCAGUAAGAAGGGCUUCCACAUUCGAUACAUAAGCACCAAGUUCCAGGAAAACCUUCACUCCAGGAAGUGACUUUAGACUCCGUCCUCUGUGCAGCCUCGGCCACCUGAUGCCACCGCGGCUACAGGAAAAUCACAGAUUGUCUCUUCUUCUUUGACCCACAAACAGAUGAGGACAAGUGUCCACCCAGACUCCAGAGGAUGACAAUUUAAACAUUUGUCUCCAAAAGUGACACUGCUCUUUAAGAUGAGCCAUCGACAGAUGUGGGAGGAACUCACCUGAACACUGCAUGCAUGGUUUCAGGACGGACCUGACAACACGUUUUGUGCAGAGAGGAAGGAGGUCUGGACUGGAGAGAUCCACGAACAGUUCAUGGUUGCACAAACACAAUACUACAAGCACACACACAGACUAGAGUCACUCCGAAUCAUUAACUCUGGAUCCUACAGAAAUUAAAAACUCACGUAACAGGGAGUUUUUGGUGACUCGAUGUUUGAACUGUGCGACUUCCUGUCAUCCGACGGCUGCUUCACAUUUACAGCAACUCGAAAAGAAACUGCUGACGAGACGUUUUAUUGCCUUUGACGUUUGAGACCUGGCCUCUUCAGCCCAGCUCAGAACAGCUGCAGAAGAUUUGUUUCCUUUAUAUUGUGAAAUUUAAAGUGUUUACUGUAUAUGUGAGGGUGUGUGUGUGUAUGUGUGUGUGUGUUUGUUUGUAUGUGUGUGUGUG